CUGCGCGUGCGCCAAAGGCGGACAGUUCCGGAGACAGCGUUCCCAGCCGCCGCGGGUCUCCCUCAGCAGCAUGAAGGCCCGCGAGGACGCCAGAGGAGCUCGCAGCGAGGGGCCGCGGAAGCUGGGCCUCUGCGUCCUCUGUGGCCUGCCCGCAGCAGGAAAAUCUACCUUGGCGCGUGCCCUCAGCCACCGGUUACGGCAGGAGCGGGGCUGGGCCGUGGGCGUCGUCGCCUAUGAUGACGUCAUGCCGGACGCGUUCUUCGAGGAGGCGAACCCAUUGCCAUCCCAGUGGAAAUUGCUUCGACAGGAACUGUUAAAGUACCUGGAGAACUUCUUGCUGGCUGUCAUUAAUGGGUGUCAGAUGUCUGCCCCACCCAACAGGGCUGAAGCCAUGUGGGAAGAUUUUAUAACCUCCUUGAAGGAUCAAGAUCUCGUAUCUUCUGCAGCGCCUGAGGCCCCGUCACACUACCUCUUAACGAAGACUGCUGUUUCCAGACCUUUGUUUCUGAUUUUAGAUGACAACUUUUAUUAUCAAAGUAUGAGAUAUGAAGUCUAUCAGCUGGCUCGGAAAUAUUCAUUAGGUUUUUGCCAGGUCUUUUUAGACUGUUCUCUGGAGACCUGUUUACAGAGGAAUGGCCGGAGACCCCAGCCACUGCCUGCCGAGACCAUCCACCUGAUGGGAAGUAAGAUAGAAAGGCCCAACCCUGAGAAAAACGCUUGGGAACACAACAGCCUCACACUUCAGAGUCCAGCCUGUUCUUCAGAGGCCAGCCUGAAGUUGACUGAUUUAUUGCUUACUGCUUUGGAAAAUCCAAUAAAAUUUGUGGAGGACAAUGUGGAACAAAAGGAAACAGACAGAAUUAUUUGUUCAACUAAUAUUCUUCAUCAAGUCGAUCAGACACUCCGAAGAGCUGUCUCUCAGACAAUGAAGGAAGCAAAAGAUGAACAACUGCUUCCUUACAAGUUGAAGCUUCUAGCAGAAGAACUUAACAAGCUCAAAGCGAAGUUUUUGGAAGACCUAAGACAAGGAAACAAAAAGUACCUGUGCUUUCGUGAAACCAUUGACUUAUCAGAUGUUAUUUCUUUUUUCCAUUAUGAAAAAGAUAACAUUGUACAGAAAUAUUUUUCAAAGCAGCAUUAAAACUUCUGAAUUUCCAAUCGAAUACAUAUUUUGGUUAAGAUUUUGCAAACUAAUGAGAACAAUGCUGUAGCACUGGAUGUUUGCUAGGCCAAUGAAGUGAAUUGCCAAGACCUAUUUAAAAAAAUAAUUAUUCCAAAAGAUCCAUUUGUCAUAACAAAUUACUUCAGUCACUUGUCAGAUGUGACAUGCAUAAUUAAGCAUCAGAAGCAGCCUUCCUCAUUUAUGUGCCAGAACACCUGGAGGGUGGGUGCGGGGCAGGGGUCACAUCUUAAAUAAAGAGAAGCAGCUAGGAAGGAGACAAGAUGCUGAUAAUGGAACUGUUUUUGUUUUUAACUAUGCAACAGAUCUCAUGAGUGAGGCAUUCCACAAAUCCAAACCAAUGUAGCCAUAAGACCUUUUUAAAAAAAAUUAACAUUUUACAAACUGGAAAAUUACUAAAAAACUCAUAGACUUACCAUAUGAUCCAGCAAUCCCAUUCCUGGGUAUAUAUCCAGAGGGAACCUUAAUUCAA